CUUACUAAGAAAACAGGAUGUGUCUAAUCAUUAACAGUGACUCUGCAAGCCCAUGUAAAGUGGCAUCCGGUUAAAAUACUUCCUGUUUGAUCAAAGUAGGUGUUAAGUCUUUGAGAUGCUGGCAUUCAAAACGCACAGAAAAAGACAAAGCACUCAAAGGAGUAGGACUCUGAAAACAAUUUGGACCAGAAUAUGGCUGAGGUGAUUUACGCCAGGCCCAACAUGAUGACCAAGGCCAGGAACACACAAGGAGAGAGAGAGGAGAGGAUAGUUGAGAUCUACGCUACCAUUGAGAGCCUCGGAGAUCAACCCCAGGACUAUGUGGGGACAGAGGAGUCCUCCAAUACUCUGGGAACAGUAAGAAGUCAGCAGCCGGACCCUGUGAGCCCUCCUCGGUGGCCGAUCAGGGCUGUGGUGGUGCUUCUGGUCCUGCUGUCUGUUGUCCUGCUGGCUGGACUCAUUGGGUUUGUAGUGCAACACAAGACCGUCUUGGACAGAGACAUGGAGCAACUCCUCCAAAGGCUGAAGAAUGUGACAGAGCAGAGAGACUCACUGCUUUGUAAACAGGAAUGUCCAGUUGGUUGGGAUAAGUUUAGUUGUAAAUGUUACUUUCUUUUCAAUGAGCAGGAAUCCUGGAUUAAGAGCAGGGAGUUAUGCGUUUCCCACGGAGCAGAUCUGGUGGUCGUGGACAGUAAAGAGGAGAUGGACUUCAUUAGCAGGUAUGGCAGGACCUUCUGGCUUGGAGCGACAGAUGAGGCCAGUGAAGGGUUGUGGAGAUGGGUUGAUGGGACCGUCCUGUCAGCGGAUAACCCCUCCUGGUUCAGCGGGAAACCUGAUGGUGGCAAGGACAAGAACUGCUUAAGAAAUUCCUGGGAGGACACCAACUUUAAAUGGAUGGAUGAGCGCUGUAAAGAAAUAAACUAUAGGCUUUGUGAAUAUAAUUUAAUAAAAUGAUCUAUGAAAACA